AUGGAAAGUUUCCUGAAAAAAACUGGGGGACACCGCCGCCUCCUCGAACUCCUUGGGGCAAGGGGAGCCCCCUGCGAGACGCCACGCCUCAGCCUUUCUUCCAUCUUCUCCCUUCUUGGUUUUAUUUUACUGUGCCACCGGGAUCGCAGCCACAACACGUAUCGUAGACGAGCUGUCUCCGCCGCCGGCGUUCUUUGCCGAGAACCUCGGCCUCUCCCAUGCGCCGGCCCCUGGCCUGCACUGAAGUCCCAGCCGCCGGCAAGCGGACUGGAAACCGGGAUCGACGAGCCAAGGAACCCUUUUUCCUCUUCUGCGCUGAUCACCGCCGGCCGUUCCCCUGCAGCCUCAAACUGGGAAUUCCAUUGCGACUGCGACCAUAUUUGUUACUCUAAAAGAUUUCAAUCUCCGUGGUCCUUCUCCCAUACUCAAAUCCAUCGUACCCAUUGGUGCUUGGUUGUUAUAUACGCUCAGAAAUGGACGGAUCAGCAACCGUUCCUCCUUGGGAAGCUGUCCCUCCAGGGAGAUCAAAUGAAAGAGAUGGAAUCUCUUCUCCAAUUCUCCUCCGAGACCCCAAGGAGGACAGCAAAAAUGAAACAAACUAAUGAAAACGGAAUUAAGAAACUUGGACAAUCAAUAUUGGACCAUAUGGAUGCUGAUUUUUUUAUCUACAUUUAGUCAAGAUGCGGGGUGCAAUUUUUUGAGCUUUCUAUUACUUUUGAAGUUUUUUUUAAUUUAUUUUUUUAUUUUUUUAUUUUUAUGUAAUCAUGAUGAUUGCUAUGACGGUGGUAUCAUAGAUGUCUCGGAUUACAGCUCUAUGAGCUAUGACUAUACUGUGAAGAGGCAUGCUGUGAAGAGCUAUCUUCAUACAAGCUAAGCUGACCCUAAUAUGAGCUGAGCCAAUUUUGAUAUGAGCUCUUUUAUACUAAUACGAGGUAUCCUAAACAUCUAUGUUGAUAUGAGUUGAGGUCAAAAGCAAUAAAUGUUCCCACGUGAAGAGCGCAUGAAGGUUAAAAUCUCUCAUGAUUGACAACUUAUACAAUUAAUAGGUGGGAUCUUCAUCUGUCAUGUGUUGACAUCAUUUAUUCAACAAAGCCAAAAAGAUCAGGCACGAUCUUCGAGGUUAUUCAAAGGGGCAUUCAAAUCCUCCACUCAGUAUGCUACCAGCAAUAAUCUCUCCAGAUCUCGCACAGGCGAUUAAGAGCUGAAUUAUUUCACCCAGUUUGGCAUGUCCAACAGGCCGACAAUUUCGGGAUCAUGCAAUCUUACAGCUAACAAUCCAGCUGUCCAACAUCCUUCUAUAUAAAC